AUGGCCAAAUUCAACAAGAGCACCAUUCUUUACAUCGCCGUCUUCACCGGCUCAGCACUGGGAGCACCUCCAGCGGCGACCAGCAUCGGUACCUCUCAUCAUACUGAGCCCCCGACCAUCAAGACAGGUGUCUUUGAUUCCGCUGCCGGGCCUCGCCCGACUGAAGCAGUCCGGGCCUCUUCAAGCGGCGCGCGCUUGCAGAGACGUAUGGUCGAGCCUCCGGAUCAUCUCACGAUCGAGAUCACUAACUCGUAUGGCCAGGACAUCACGACAGCGCAUGCUAGCAACGCAGGCAGUCCAACGCCAGUCGACGGCCCUAUUCCGGCCGGUGUGAUUCCUGACGGAUCGACCGCUUCUUUUGCCGUGCCAACUGGCUGGGCCGGGAAUGUCGCCCUGAACAGGGGUGGUAUGCCCUUGAAUGGAGACGUGACUCUCCUGGAGGCGGCGUUCGCGGUUCCGGACGGCUGGGAAUUCGCCGUUGCUGGCGUGGACGUCUCCCACGUCGAUGGCUUCACCGUGCCAGUGACAUGUGAGUGCGACGGCGAAUGGGUGACGGGGUGCAACAAGGACCUCUUCGACGCCAACGCCGAGCUCGAGAAGCGCGGCACUCACAGUCCCGCCAUAGCCGCUCUCAACCCUCUCCGAGACGACAUGGGCGCUACUUCUGCGACCGAGUUUUUCGAGCCGUGCGAGGGCUUGGCGUACACAUAUCCCAACGAUCACUCCGCCUUCAGCUUCGGCGCUUGCCAGAGUGGCACAAUCUCGUGCUGUGUUGGAGUAGAUAGAUGA